UAAUAUUGUACCCCAAGCUGCUGUGUUUAUUCAGAGCACCGCGGUCACUGUUAUACAUUAGGGGCUUGGCACCUACUUGGCAGCGUGCGCCUACCUUCUUACCUCCCUGGAACAGUUGCGUAUUGCAAUUAAUCUAUUAAUACUGGAAGUUAGGUAUUUAUACACCGAGGCUUUAUCCUUGCUGCCCUAUAAGAGCACGCUACGACUCGAGUAGUCGAAGUCGUCAAGAUGGGUCCCUCCGUUCCUUCUCGCCUUUGGUCGAUGGCCAUCCUUGCGCUGGUCUUUUUGCUAUCUGUUUCAGGGGCCUUGGCGGGCGGUCCAGGGGGCCAAAUGGGCGGUCCAGGCAAGGGCGGCCCCAAGGGUGGCGUCGUAGCCCGGCCCCUCAUGCCGUCGAAGCCGCCCACCCAUCCCCUGAUGCCCCCGCGGCCCCCUACCCACCCGGCGCGGCCCCCGAUGCCCCCGUUCAACGGCAGCCGCCCCGACUGCAACGGCACCUUCCCUUGCGGCCACCACGAUUUCGAUGGCUUCGACCGCACUGACUCCUUCAACCACACCCGCCCCGAGUUCAACGGCACCCACCCUCUUCCUCCCUUCAACGGCACCCGCCCUGCCUGCAACGAGACUGGCGCCCUUCCCAAGCCGCAAGGUCACGGCCCUCAUCGCCGCGUCCUGCGUGGCUCGCACCACAAGAAGAACGGCACCGCUGUGGCUAAGCCACCGAAGCCUGCCGCCAGCCCCAAGCCUGCCGCCAGCCCCAAGCCUGCCGCCAGCCCCAAGCCUGCCGCCAGCCCCAAGCCUGCCGCCAGCCCCAAGCCUGCCGCCAGCCCCAAGCCUGCCGCCAGCCCCAAGCCCGUCGAGAGCGCCAAGCCCCCGAAGGCCGCGAAGGGCAAGGGCAAGAAGCACCCGCCUCCCAGCGCUCGCUGAGUUGUUUCCUGUCUACUGUCAGUUGAUCUUUGAUUUGAAUCUGCUGUGAGCAGCGCGUUGUGAUGUGUAGCAGGCGUCCAUGGGUUCAUGAUUGCACGUGGUGACUAAUUUGUGAGCAGGAUGAUGCAUCCUGUGAUUUAGCUGUGCAUUGUGUGCGAGCGUGUUAAUACUAAGCAGGCCUGCGCGCGAUGCAAAUUUAAUCCAGAUAAAUAUUGCGGACGCCCUGAGCCAGCUGUCCUAAACAAUUGUCAUCAACUUAUCGUGCGUGCUGUGUAUGGAUGGGGCAUGUGAUUUACAGUUGCGGGUGCGUUUCCUCAAUGGUAAAAUGUUGCCUGUUUAAUUGGUAGCGACUGAGCCGUAGCCUUGGCGAUGCUGUCUAAAGAUGCCGUACAAUACCGUACAGGUUUUUGGCGGCGUCAGAACUUAAGACUGAUGGGCGCUGUUGUAACUGUCAUCAAUAAUAUUGCCG